AUGGCGCUGCCACUGUUUUCAGCGAACCCAUCUACUACCUGUUCCUCUACUUGCAGUUUCCAUGCACCUCAUCCUCCGUGCUUUCUUCUUCUACAUCAUCAAACCCAUUCUUUCAAAAGUUGCAGAGCUCUCAGGUUCAGAGUUUCGUGUAAGACUGUUCAAGUUGAUACCCAGGAGCAGCCCCAAAGAAUCAAAGUAGCUUUUGAGGCCACAAGGAAGAAAAGGAAGCCCAAGCCAAGCUUCUUCGAGCAAAUUCAGGACAAAUGGUCAAUGAAAGUCAAUUCCCCAAGAGACAAAUUUCCCUGGCAAAAACAGAAUGAACUAGUACAAGAAGAAAAAGGGGAGGUGGAGGAGGAGGACGAAGAAGAAGAAGAAGAAGAAGAGGUGUUUGAGCCUAAAAUAAGCAGACAAGAGGAAGGUCAGAAAUGUUAUGGGGUACGUGUGGCUGAACCAGUGAAUCAGAAAGUGAGUUUUUCUUUGCCAAACCGUAUUAUUUAUGCUCCUUGGGCUCAUGGUAGCAAACGCAUUACGCCCCAAGUUGAUUCUGAGCCUGAAACCUCACAACACAGUGGUGCACAAGGAAAAAAUCUUGAUGGGUUUGCUGGGCAUUCUGAGAUUGAUACUACAAGUGGUGCCGUUAAAAAAGAGAAAAGCUUUGAGCGACGAUUUGAUAGUAAUAGAAAAUUGGAGAGAGAAAGGGUUGGGGAAAUUGGUAUAAUUUCGAUUGGGGUUUCGAAAAAAGAGGAGAAAAUGAUCUCAAAAGGCUUAAAUGGCUGGUUCUAUUCGGUUGCCUUGGAAGAGAGAAAGUGA